AUGUCCAUCGAGCUGGACAGGAAUGGAGUCCCUCAGUAUGCAGGCCAGCCAGAGUAUUUCAAUGAAUACGAAGAGCGAGCCUGGGAUCUCUACCACGGCAGGACGGGCGAAAGGUCCAAGCAGGCCGCGACGGCGCUGCAUCUACGCUCAGGCCUUUCUGGUCCAGCCUACGAGGCAGUGCGCAAGCUCAAACAUGAAGAGCUGAUAGCUACUGACGAGUCUGGCGAAUCAAGGCCGGACGGGCUCACUCUUUUCCUCACGACGCUGAAGAAAGAAGUUCAAGAUAUUGCGCCCGUCCGGAGUACUGAGAUCUUCGACAAAGCCUUGUACGGCUCCUCGGUCUGGCGUGACCGCAACGAGUCCAUGGCCAACUAUGACCGACGCGCUGAUCGCCGAGAGCGAUCCGCCUACGCUUGCGCCGCGUCGGACCAGGACGAGAACCCGUCGGAGCUCGACCACAUCUAUUACGAGGACGAGGACGAGGACGGCUACUACCAGGGCGAGGAGGACGACUACGAGCACGGCGAGGACGACGAGUUCGACAUCGAGAACUACGUCGCGGAGAACCUCGACGAGCUUGGCACCGAGGAGGCAGAGGCCCUCGCCCUCGUUCUGCAGAGCCGCAACAAGAUCUUCAACAAGAAGAAGCCGCCUAGGCGAGUGACUUCGAGCUUCCACGGUCGCGGCAAGGCCGGUGGAAGGGGGGGCCGCCGGGGAGGCGGCAAGGGAUUGCCAACCAGGUCGCCCGCAGGGCGAGGAGGCAGCAGCAGUUCGAGUGGUGCUGUCCCUGGCUACGACGACCGACAGCGAGAUGCUCGCCGGCAGCGCAUCGCCAACUUGAAGAAGCGGACCCAGUGCUCCGACUGUCACCAGUUCGGGCAUUGGCAGGGCGAUGACGUUUGCCCCCGUCGGUCGAGCCGGAAGCCUACGUCAGUGUCUCCAGCUAAGAAGCCCGCUCAGAACUACUUCACGCUCGAGGAGCACGGUGACAACGACGAUGACAGCGAGCCGUCCGAGGUCUCCAUGGUUCUGAAGGGCGAGAUGGAGCACGUCUGCGGGCACGUGGCCGACGACGCCUGCGAGAAGGUCGUCCGCGGCGCCAACAAGACCACCAGGUACAUCACAUGCAGGGAGUGCGACCGCCACUUCACGCUCGCCCACCGCAACAAAGGGUUUGAGCUGUGGAGCUACUUCAUGAAGGCUCUGAUGGGCACCAAGUGGGGCCGCUUCCUGUCCCGCAAGGAGUUCGCGAGGCGGAUUGCCCUGGUGGCCGACGCCCUGAUGGUCCAGGGUCGCCUCCCAUCUACGUAUCGGAGGCGGACGGCGGCGCCCGCAGCGCGACGCCUUUCCGGCAAGCAGCGGCUAUUCGGCCGGCUGCCUGCAAGAGGCGAUGGACCACGUGCACCUACACCAGCGGCCGCAUCCGCGGCCAGUUCUGAGAGGCCGAGUGCUACUGGAUCAGCACCAGCCGCACCACCUACACCCGAGAAGCGCAUCAUCAAGGUCGACUUGACCCAAGGCGACCCCGAGCCGAAGCCGGGGCCGGAGCUGGCCUUCCUGCACGGCAUCCCGCUCCACCAGAGCAUCGAGCUGGUGGAGUUCCCGGAUCUCGACGGCGUCGACCAGCUCAACCCGGUCCCGUACCCAGCGGAGGUCAUCAACUUCGGCACGCACAAGGGGCGAACCUUCCAGGAUGCGGCGUCCGACCCGGCACUCAUCUGGUACAACAAGUGGGCUCUGGACCAGGUCUUGGGCCCCGAGGCGGAGGAGAUCAACCUCCACUUGUACCGCUACGCGUAUUUCCUCUACGCCAUUGUGAAGAUCGCGCGUGGCAAGUUCAACGUUGCCCCGCAGCAGAUGAUCGACGGCGACAAGAGGAGGCUCCCCGCCGACAACGAUUGGAUGGAGGUCAACGCCGGUGGCUUCACCAUCCCGAUUCAGCCCAACAUCCGCCAGCCGGACGUCAUCUCUACCUGCGAGUGCUCGGUCAUGGCCGCCAUUACCGGCAACGCCUUCUCGGCGCACGACAACGACGCCGACGCCAUGCUCGCCAUCAUCGACGCUGGGUGCACGCGUACCAUGCACGGCGAGUCGUGGCGGGCAGUCUUCGAGCGUAAGCUCGCGAGGCGCGGUCUACAGGUAGUGGGGACCCCGACCUCUCGUACAUUCAGAGGGGUCGGCGGCCGCACGAGCAGCACCACGGCGGUCCGUUGUCCCGUGGGCAUUGGAGGAAAGUGUGGCGAGAUUCUGUCGUGUGAGGUGCCGGGCGACUGCCCGAUGCUGCUCAGCAGGGACAUGCUCACCAAGCUCGGGCUGAGCAUGCGGCUUUCCACAGAGGGCGAUGUCGCCGACUUUGUCAACAUCGGCGUCUACAACCUGAAGCUCCACCACACUAAGGUGGGCCACCCGGCGGUCAACCUCCUUGACCUGCCGAACGAGAGCUACGAGACGGCCGAUUGGGCGGCGCUGACGAUGCCCGAGGAUCACCACCUCGAGUACUUCCCCGAGAAGUUCCACGUCGGCAUCACCUACGUCGAGGAGAGCUCAGUUGAGCCUCUCCCCAGCUUCCUGGACAUCGAGAUCGGCGAGACUACGGACGACGAGUGCCUCCAGACGGUCGUCGACCACGACUACGGACCGGACGUCUUUGCCGCCGAGGCGAUUGAGUGGGGCGGCAAGCGCAACCUCACCAACAAGAAGUCCAAGAAGCUCGAGCAUUCCCUGCAGGCCAUUGCCGUGCACGAUGAGGUGGCGCAGGCCGUCGUGGAGAAGCAUCCGCCCAGGGCCCGGCUGCCUGCAGGUGCCAGGACAUGGGUCAAGCAGACCUACGCUGGCCAGAUGGGUUUGACAGUGCUCAUGGCCGCGAUGGGCCUCUCGGUCGGCGUCCCACUGGACAAGCACACGGGCUGGGACGCUACCACAAGGCUGGGCAGGCAGAGGUACGACGCGGAGAUCACCAACAUGGAGCCGUACUGCCUGGUGGUCUCGCACCCCUGCUCGCCGUGGGGCAACUGGAGCAGAUUCAACAUGGCCCGUUGCCCGGAGACCGAGAG